UCCCGGCGCCGCGCGCGGGGGCCGAGCACAGCCACUCGAUCAGCCCGCGGGCCCCGGAGCUGGUCCGCCGGCCUGAGCGCGGGGCGAGGCGUCCUGGGGCAGGAGGGCGAAUGGACGCGGCGAUGGCUCCGCGGAGACUCUCCGGAUCCGCAAUCCUCGCGGCUGCUGUCUUCGUGGGAGGCGCCGUGAGUUCGCCGCUGGUGGCCCCGGACAAUGGAGGCAGCCGCACUUUGCACUCCAGGACUGAGACGACUCCGUCGCCUGCUAACAAUGCUGGGAACGGACACCCAGAGUACAUCGCAUACGCGCUGGUGCCUGUGUUCUUUAUCAUGGGGCUCUUUGGGGUUCUCAUCUGCCACCUGCUUAAGAAGAAAGGCUAUCGUUGUACCACAGAAGCCGAGCAAGACAUCGAAGAGGAAAAGGUGGAAAAGAUAGAAUUGAACGACAGUAUAAAUGAAAAUAGUGACACUGUUGGGCAAAUUGUCCAUUACAUCAUGAAAAAUGAAGCAAAUGCUGAUGUCUUAAAGGCAAUGGUAGCAGAUAACACCGUGUGUGAUCCUGAAAGCCCUGUGACCCCCAGCACUCCCGGGAGCCCACCCGUGAGUCCUGGGCCUUUAUCACCAGGGGGCACCCCAGGGAAGCACGUGUGUGGCCACCAUCUACACACGGUGGGUGGUGUCGUCGAGAAGGACGUGUGUCAUCGGUGUAGACACAAGCGGUGGCACUUCAUAAAACCCACCAACAAGUCCAAAGAGGGCCGAUCCAGGCGCCAAGGAGAGGUCACCGUCCUGUCUGUCGGCAGGUUUAGGGUUACAAAAGUGGAACACAAGUCAACCCAGAAGGAGCGGAGAAGUUUGAUGUCUGUUGGUGGAACAGAAAGCAUUAAUGGGGAGGUGCCCGUGACGCCUGUGAAGAGAGAACACAGUGACAUGGAGUAGCAGGAGCGACUUUAUUUGAAGAGUUCUAAGAGACUGAAAACCUUCAAGACAUGAAGUUGCCUAGGGAAUAUUUUUACAUGUUUUAUAUGGUUUCUAUCAUGGAAUCAGCAGGCAUGUGGAGAAAACCUCAAAGGGAAAUAUAUUUGCUAUGCUGGGUAUAGAAUUCAGUUUGCUUUGAAACAAGUUCUGGUUUGAAAUGUCUGAUGAAAAACUUACUCCAUUUCCCUUAUUCUUUAAGGAAAGAGCUCAUUUGUUUUUUUUUUUUAAAUCUUCCCAACCACCCUCAGCUACCACUCCCCUUGCCCCUGCCCUGGCCUUGGUGUACACAACUGCGGUUUUUCCAUUAAGAUCUCCAUGUACAGUGGAAUACUCAUGUACAGUCUGAGCGCAUGCUCAUGGUGUGUGUGGUGGGGGUUUGUGUGUGUUUCUGUUUUCCAGUUCUUACAUCCCAUUUGACAGUGGUUGUAAUAAGAUCGUCAUAAAUUUAGUUUAGCUGUUACAAAAGAUAACAGAUGUAUCUUCAGUGGCCAAAGCUUCACAGAAAUAAUCUAGUCCAGCCCUGAGAAAUUGAUUCCCCAUGAGAUCUUGGAGUCAGUUGCGACCAGAAGCUAGACUUUGAAUUACAGACCAAGAACUCAACGUUAACUCCAGCUGCCACUGUGCUAUUCCUUGGUCACAUAUAACAUAUUGAGAAUUUAUUUUUUUCAACUUGAGCUAAGCAAUUUUUAUUUAGUCCACUGAUUGAAAAUGGCUUCAAGUCACCAAAAAAAAAAAAAUUAUUGUUUUGACAAUAAUUGGCCCCAAGGCCAAAACAAAAGAACCUUCUGGGGUAAGAAGGGGCCCCACCUACCCCCAGUGUGUUUUCCUUGGUAUACCUCCUGUUCCCCGGCUUAUAACUAACGCUCAUUAUUUAAAAGACUCUUAGUGACUACUUUCCCUUUAGGCCUGGCAAACUCAUCUUUUUUUUUUUUAACUUAAACCCAGAGGCAAAGAUAGCAGUACAUUAUUUAUGUAGGUCUGGGUGACAGCUGGCAAAGUCUUGUUAUAGGGAAAUCACCAAGGCCUGCCUCUAUCAAAAUAUACUUCAAAGUAUUUACUAUGCUUAUUUGAUUCUGUUUCUGGCACCAAACUACAAAUUUUUAACCUUGUAAAUGACUAAUAAGUUCAAUUUCAGUCAGGUUUUUGCUGAAAACUAAUAAGGGUGUGUGUGUAUACGUUCAAGUACACCAUGGAAUAGGAGAAGUGGCUGUGGAAAUCAAUUUCACCGAGGUCCAGAAAAUAGCCAUAUAGGAAUUUUAGGGGUGUAUAUUAGUGUAAAUAAUAUAUAUGCAGUCUAGGCCAUUAGUUUUAAUUAAAAACAAACAAGCAUAAUAUUAUGCCCUCAAAAUGGUGAGGGGAUAAAAUGUAAGAUAUUCUUCAGCUUUAAAUAUUUUUGAAUUUUAUUCAAAUCCAAGCACUUUUUUUAUAGCAAUACAACAGACAAGAGAAUACUCGAAAAUAUUUAAAAUUGUAUUUAUACCAAGAGAACGUUUUAAAUAUUUUUUAAUACUUGAGGAGUGUUUGUCUGGCUGGCUUCCAAAAAAUGCCAAAAGUUAAGCAUUCUAUAUUUUCAAUGCAUAAGCUUUUUACUGGUUUAUAUUUUACCAUCUGAUGAAAAUUUGUAAGUGUUCCCAGAGCCACUGAUGUUUACAUAUCUUGUGUUUUUCCUCCUCCUUUAUAAGGGUUGGGGUCCACAGUAAAACUUCUGUAAAACACUAAUGAUGGACAGUUUUCUGUGUCAUAAAUGAGUUGGCUACCACCUUGAUGUAAAACUUUGUAAAGGAAAUUUUUCACCAUUUUGACGUCAAAUGUAUUUUUAACUGUCUGGUUUGUACUUUUAUGACUUUUGUACUACCAAAGCAGAGUUAAAAAUAAAAACGUUAAACAGUG